UGGUUGUGCCGCUUAGCGACGCAAUGGAAGACAGGGGUGUCCUGAAAUAACAGAGGUGUAAUGACUCGGUGUUUUAAAGCGGAUUAAUUGGAAUAUUUGGGGGCGAAAAUCUCCCCAAAGUCAUAGAAACAGCAAGCGUGGGUGUAGAUUACAAGGAAGGUAAAGAUGGAUAAACUUCUUGACCUGAGCCAGGCAGAGCUCAACGAAAUGCUGAAUGACAUGGCCAAGAUUGAAAGCAUGGUAAUGGAAUCAUCUGAGGUUCAGAAUAUACAGCUGGAGCGAGAAAUGCUUUUGGCAACAAACCGUAGCCUGGCUGAACAGAACCUGGGGUUGAAGCCUCAGUUUUUAGAGGGCCGGGAGAAGCUGUGUCGCAAGUACUUGGAGCUGACAGAUUUAAGGGACACCUUCAGGAGUCACAGAGAAAAUCUUGACAGCAGAUCAGAGACCCUUAAACCAGAAGCCUUGCUUGCCAUACUACAGUCGAAGAGUGCCACGAUAGAAGAAGAAUCAGAGGCAUUAGCAGAACAGUUCCUUGAAGGCUCUAUUCCUCUGGACAGCUUUCUUGAACACUAUAGUGCCAAGCGACUUUUGGCACAUCAACGACGAGUCCGGAUAGAGAAGAUGCAAGAAGCUCUGAGAAACUGUCCCAGCAAGCUGCCAAGUCAACAAACACAAGUUUCAGCCUUGCAACCAAAACCGCAAGAAACACCACCUCAACAACCAAGUGUGGUUCCUACACCACCUACAUCCCAAUCUGUUUCAUACCCACAAUCAGACAGCGGUCCCUUGCCAUACAGCUAUAUACCCUCCGUAACCAUGUCUCAAGGCCCCACUGCACAUGGUGCUAUAAACAUUACUGGGUUCCCAGGUGGUUCUUUAGCACCUGCUCCUAUGUUAAUGCAGCCUCCUGUGCCAACAGGUCCAUCUUAUGGCCCAGGGUACCGGCCUGGUGUUCCACCUCCUCCUUUUUCUGGGGGUUAUUUUGGGUCAUCUUCAGUUCCACAAUGCCCAUACCCUACCCAGCCACCAUAUCCAAGUGGACCUAGACCGAGUCAGCCACCUUAUCCCACACAGCCAUAUACUUUCCCUCAGCAGCCCCAACCUCCAUCAGUCUAUGGGUCUUCCUACAGGGUUCCAUAGGUGUGCACGUGUUUAUAGGCUGGAUGAUAUAAGACCUGAAGGCUUGUAAGUUGGGUUACACCAACAGGUGUUUGAGAUUCUUUCUAUUUUUAGGAAAGAUUUAGGGAGGAGCAGUAUGUCUUUUGACCCCUUUUUACCAUGCCUUGAAUGUGAUUGGUACAUGAAGUGGUGGCUUUGUAAUUUGAGUCAAGAUGAAGUUGCAUUGGGUUAUAGAGCAUGUACUCAUAUAGUCUUUAAAAUCCUGGAAUUAGUAUAAAGCCUAAAUAUCAAGAUUACAGGCAUGGCACAAAAACAAGUAGAUUUUCUAUUAUAGCUUAAUUUCAGCAAAAAAAAAAAACAAACAAAAAAUAAAACAGAUGGGUGGUGGGAGUGGAAAACUAUGUAUAUUUCUUAGUCUCCCUUCCAAAUGGCACAUGAGAGGUGUGUCUGUGUGGGCUGAAUUUUUUUUUUUUUAUUAUUCACAAUUCUGUCGGCUAGGGCCAAAGCUCCAGUCUGUUGGGCAGAUCCAUUUUCCUUUUUCAUUCGCAUUUUGUCGGUUUACCUGUCUUCUCCCCUAUGAUUGUUUUUAUUUAAUUAAAAAUGUAAUCAAGUAUAAGAUUUCUGUAAAAAUGUCUACUACAGAGAUUUUGGCGACCUACCAUGUAACAUCUAGCCUAUCUGAAUUUUAUGUACAUUUUCAAAGUUGUUCAGGAAUAGGGGAGCGACAGACUGUGCCCUACUGUGUUAAAGAGGUACUCUCCGCAUCUGCUGCUGCCAUUUUCCCACCCCAUUCUACUACCUCAGGCUUACAUUUUGAUGCUUGUAUGAGUCAGACAGGUAUUGCAAGGCAUUAUGGGCUGAACACUGGAUAAAACAGUAUUGACAUGGUAGCCCUCAAGUUGGGCUAGAAAAGAAAUCAGUCUGAAUGUAGUCCCUGCAUUCUUGUACUGCAGUCAGGACUGAUUUGUUUAUGCCAAGGGUGUGGUAAAAGUCAGACCCUGGAAGCAUUUUAUUCAGAAAAGUCACUACAAUAUGAAAACUCUAAAUGUGUGCUUCACUCAAUAUAUAGGGUAUUGUCAGCUGUUGUCUUUUGUUGCUGGUUUAAUAAUAAUUAAUUGCUUGCUACAUGUUAAUCAUAAGACUUAAAAAUCAAUUUCCCAUGUCAGUUUUAUCCUUUCUCUGUUCGUGAGGGAGCUGGCGAGUUGUCAGUUGUCCUGGAAUAGGGAUGUUGGGCUGCUACCAGGUGCAUUCUGACUUUCGACAUCCAUACACAAGGUGGAGCAGCUUAGCACUAACGGACAACAUAACUGCAAACUACAGUACACAUGUGCUAUAUUAUUUAACUUCUUAUAGCCUCAGACAGCAGGCCUGCCACAGUGGUCUGAAUUGUUUACUGUGCUUAGUGAUACCCCCAAAGUUAAUACGGCCAGCACCUGCAGAUUGAACCGUAUGUUCAGAUGGAAUGUUCUGAAAAAGGCACUUCUAACCGUGGAGUACAUGAGUAAGUGGAACCCCAAAACUUACAAAAUGUGACUGAAUAUGGGACUUGUAGCUACUGACUAAUCUGUUCAUUGGAUGCUGGGCAGCACGUUGCAGGUCUGAUGGAUCUGCAUCUGAAAGUGAAGCUUACGUACAGAAAAGGUACUUGCUCAAAUUACUUAAACACCUGUUGUGUAUGUUUUAGUUUUCUUUCUAUUAAUAAUUAAACAUGUAUCUUGGAAUAUUAUUCUAAGUAUGUUUUUGAACAGUUUAAAUGUAGUUUUCGUUAUACAGAA